CGCUCCGCCCCGGCAUCGCCCCGCCCGGCAUUGCGCGGAGCAGCGCCCGGAGCUGAGGGUUGGGUCGGGUUCGGUUGGGUCGGGUUGCGUUGGGAGCCAGGCCGGUCUCGGCACUCCUUAUGGAUCCACUUCCAGCUGUGCAGUUCUCGGCUCGAUCUUUUUGUUUCCUUUAAGGUGAAAGGCGAAAAGGAUGAGUAAGAGCAAGGACGACGCUCCGCAUGAGCUGGAGAGCCAAUUCGUGCUGCGGCUGCCGCCGGAAUACGCCUCCACUGUGAGGAGAGCAGUUCAGUCCGGGAGCGUCAACCUGAAGGACAGACUCACCAUUGAGCUGCACGCUGAUGGGCGCCACGGGAUCGUUCGUGUGGAUCGAGUGCCGCUGGCAGCCAAGCUGGUGGACCUGCCCUGCAUCAUCGAGAGCUUAAAAACCAUCGACAAGAAAACCUUCUAUAAGACAGCAGAUAUCUGCCAGAUGCUUGUUUGCACUGUGGAUGGCGAUCUCUACCCUCCUUUGGAAGAGCAGACUGUGAGUACUGACCCCAAGGCAAACAAAAAAAAGGACAAGGACCGAGAGAAGAAAUUCAUCUGGAACCAUGGCAUUACUCUUCCCCUGAAAAAUGUACGGAAGAGACGAUUCCGGAAGACAGCUAAGAAGAAGUACAUUGAAUCUCCUGAUGUUGAGAAGGAGGUGAAGCGUCUCCUGAGCACCGAUGCUGAAGCUGUCAGCGUCCGCUGGGAAGUCAUUGCUGAAGAUGAAACAAAAGAAGUGGACAACCAUGGUUCGCUCACGAGCCUGGACAUUUCUUCCCCAGGGAUGUCAGGACAUAAACAAGGCCAUGGCUCCUCAGAACACGACGAACUGCGGGAGAUAUUUAAUGACAUCAGCAGCAGCAGUGAAGAUGAAGAUGAGCGGGAUCAUCAUGAUGAUGAAGACCUGAAUAUCAUGGACACCGAGGAGGACUUGGAAAGGCAGCUGCAGGACAAACCAAACGAAUCCGAUGGGCAACAGCAGGAGAAUGAGGGGUCCAACCAGAUAGUCAUGGGCAUCCAGAAACAGAUUGACAACCUGAAGAGUAAACUCCAGGAGACCCAGGACAGGAGGAAGCGCCAGGAAGAUCUCAUCAUGAAAGUAGAGAACCUAGCCCUCAAGACUCGUCUCCAAGCUGUGCUGGAUGAAUUCAAACAGCAGGAAGAGCGAGAGAAGCAGCAGAUGACAUCUCUGCAGGAGCAGCUGGAGUCCCUCAUGGAGAAGUGAGGCGUGGGCCUGAGCAGAGCAGCAGGGCACGUAGAAGCAAGCAGAGCUGGAAGUGCUCAAUCCCAUGCUGAAGUCUUGCUGCAGUCUCUGCUGCUGCUUUAGGGCAGUGCAGUGUCCAGUGUGUCCAGUGCUGCUCCUACAUGUCUUGUGCUGAGCUUGGCUGUGGAAUUAGGCCUGUGAGAGCAGCCAAAUGCUGGGACUUGCUGUAAAUAUUCAAGAGGGAUUUGGUUCUCCCUGGGUCAAUGUGGUGCAGCUCUGUGCACUUCGUUGAGUCUUGAACGUGGUGGGAGCUUGUCAGUGUUUGGGAAUGCUUGUCUGCAAACCAGACUCAAUAAAGGACCAUUUCCAACCCUG